AGCCCAUGGACACUGGCAAGGACGGCGAGCAGCCCAAGAAGACCCGCAAGGUCAAGAAGCAGGUUCGCAAGGGUGAUCUGCCCAUCUCCUCCGGUACCACUGGCAUCGACGAGUCGCUCAAGAACACCUGGACUGAGCGUGAGAAUGCCAUGUACAUGGAGGACAAGUUGAUCGCCGAGACCGACGAGAAGAAGAACGAGCUCGAGGCCAGCAUCUAUGAGCUCCGCGACAAGAUCGACGGUGUCUUCUCCGAGUUCGCCAGCGAGGAGGAGAAGGAGAAGCUGCGUGCCAAGCUCAUGGACACUGAGGUUAGUUCCACAUUCCGCUCAUCUUUUGUUUUGUCAACAUGCUAAUUCGUCAACAGGACUGGCUCUACGAUGAGGGUGAGGACACUACCAAGUCCGUCUACGUGGCCAAGAUGGAUGAGAUCCGCUUCAUUGCCGGUCCCAUCAUCCAGCGCCACCGCGAGAAGGCCGAGGCCGAGCGCCAGGCCGUCCUGCAGGCCCAGGAGGAGGCGGCCGCUAAGAAGCGGGCCGAGGCCGAGGCUCAGCGCAAGGCUGAGGAGGAGGCCAAGAAGGCCGAGGAGAAGGCUGAUGAUACGGAGAUGAAGGAUGCCCCGGCUGAGGGCGAGGCCAAGGCUCAGGAGUAAAUGUCCUUCUUGGUGGUUGAGCCACUGGCCUAGCGGUGUGGCAGGUGCAGUGCGCUGGAAUGUGGUCACGAAUCAAUACAAAUAUCUUGAUCCCCCGUGUUAUUUCCUUUAUUUGUGAUUCUUCUUAUUUUUUUUUGUGCAUCGCCGAGAACCGGCUGGCUUUCCUGAUGUAAAAACGACUCCGAGCCACUUCUGUUCUGCCCUUGUCUUGUCUUUCCCUGUUCGGAUCGCUUUCAGAGCGGUGCUGUUGCCGGUGAGCGGGACAUGGGAGGCAGAAGAAAGGAUAAAAGACAUAGAUACGAUAUGGACCUUUUCGAUAGACGUUUCAGGCAACGGUAUAUGACUGGUUAAUUACUACUGGAGGUC